AUGUCUGGAAAAACACUUCUUCAGUUCGGUCUCCACUCUCCAAUCCGAGAUGAAAGGUUUAUUGUCACUAAUCGUCAAUAUUUGCGUGAAUUGGCUUACGACACCGUCUAUUUAACUAAAGUUGUAGCAGAAAAUGUUCCUAAAUUAAAUCUAGAACAGAAAAAAGUUUACAAUGAAAUUUUAAAUUCAAUUAUAUCUGAUUCUGGGCAGUUGUAUUUUCUUGAUGCUCCAGGUGGCACUGGAAAAACGUUUUUAAUCAAUUCACUGCUUACGAAAAUCAGGAGUGAAAAAAACAUCGCUAUAGCCGUUGCUUCUUCAGGAAUUGCUGCGACUUUGAUAAACGGAGGUAAAACAGCUCACUCUGCCUUUAAACUACCUCUCAAUUUAGGUUAUUCUGAGUCUCCACUUUGUAACAUCUCUAAACAGAGUGAUAUGGCUCAUGUGCUGAGAGAAGCAAAAAUUAUUAUCUGGGACGAGUGCACUAUGGCUCACAAAAAUGGUAUUGAAGCUCUAAACAGAUUGCUCCAAGACAUUAGAGGUUGCGACCGAAUUAUGGGAGGAGUAAUUGUUCUCUUGGUCGGUGAUUUUAGACAAACUUUGCCUGUUGUGCCACGAGGAACACGUACAGAUGAAGUUAAAGCCUGUAUCGAGUCAUCAAUUUUAUGGCCUUUGGUCAAAGUUCUAUCUUUGACCAUCAAUAUGCGUGUUCAUCUUCAGCCAAAUUCGAAAGCAGAAGAGUUUUCAAAAAUAUUGAUUGAUAUAGGUGAUGGCAAAAUUCCGGAAGAAGACGAAAGAAUAAACGUGUCCUAUAUUAAUUGUGAAACUGUCCCAGAUUUAAUCACCUUGACUGACAAAAUAUACCCGAAUAUUGACAAAGCUGGGGACAAUUGUAGUUCAUGGUUAAAGGAGAGAGCCAUCCUCACACCAACCAAUGAACAAGUCAAUU